AUGCGCGCGAGGGGAGAAAGAGCGAGAGGGGCGUGUCCCCCGCGAGCCCCGCCCCUCCGCCCAAUAGGAAGCCUUCUCUGCUCUGAGCGGCGGGGCCGCCCGCCACUCCCGUCCGUUCCUCCGGUUCUCCUCAGAGAGACUUCAUCGGAGAGUCUUCUCCGCCGCUUCCUCCGGACUGAAGGAGAGGCAGAGCCGGGAGAAAAGGGGCAUCGCGCUCCGAGAGGAGAACUUCGGUUAUUUGCCAGGUAGGAGCCCGGCGUGUGUGGGGUGUUUGUGGGGAGAGUGUGGGGCAUGGCGGGGGGGGGGUUGGCGAGCCGUGUGGACGCAAAUGCGGGGCAGUCCCGGGAUAGAGACGUUUCUGAGCCGCGCGGUGUGUCCGCUUCGGCCCACGAAACCACCUUCUUCAACCCGCCCCGAAGACCUGAAGCCCCUCGGAAGAAGCUGGCCAACCUCCGUCUCUUCUUCCUGCCUGAGAACAGCAUAAGACGAAGAAAUCUUCCCGCGAAGAAAAGUCACGUUUUGUGUUUCCACCCUCGCGGGAAACAUGUCCUGGUAGCAGGGGUGGAUUUUUUUUUUAAUGGGAACAAAAUCGGAAACCCCUCACGAGUGGGGUAGUUUAAUAUAUAGGUUCGUUUCUGAGAGGAGCAAACGGUUUUGGUUUAUGCCAGGCGACUUCUUAUACGCCGAGAGGAGUCGCUUCCUUGGCGCAGGAACUCUUGCAGGAUUGGAGAUCCGAGGGAGACAACAAACAACAACAGAAAUAUCGUGAGUCCUAAAAACACACACACGGCAACAACAGAAAGACCGUGCAACCUGAAAAAGAGAGACAAGGCAUGCACUUUUGAGAGUCAAGAAAAUCUUUCAUGAAAAUAAAUCUGUAAAAAAGACAACAGCGACACACUAAUGGAUUUAGCUAAAAGCCAUCGCAAAUCCAGUUAGAGAUCCGACAAACAAAAUGAAAUAAAAAGUAAAAACCGGUGUGUGUGUGUGUGUGUGUGUGUGUGCGUGCAACAUAUCAGAUCAGUCAGUCCCCUUGCACAAUCUGCAGCAUGGUCUUUAAUGAAAGCAGCAGGAAUACUUUUAAAAUAAACCCCCCUUGCCCCCCCCCAAAAAGUGCAUCGACUCAGUGGGAGCUUUUGAGCGAAGUUCACAGUAGGAAAUUGUCUGUCUCUGUGAUGGAAGUUGAUCUUUUACAUCAUUUCAUUUUUUAAAAUUUGUCUUUUUGAUUCUGUGCAGUUGUGCAUUCAAGCACGUGCCCAAAGCAGUUCUUAUGGCGUUCUGUGUGUUGUUUACUAUUGCGCAACUGCUACUAUUAUGCUUCUGAGUUUUUGGCUAUGAUUUCCCUUUUGAUUUGUGAAGCAUCUGAACUAUGCUGCUCUUGCUGUGUUUACAUUUUGAUAAAAAGUUUCUGGGACCAUACUCCCAUACAACAGCAAUACAUCACUGUUUUUAAAUGGUGUAGCCAAAGCAUCUUAGCGUAAUGCUUCAUUUUCUUUACUUCUUAAAACACCAAUGUUAGGUGAGUUUUGUUCACAGCUUGUUGCAGGCUUUUUGUGUGAUCCCGGGAAGGUUUGUAAACUUUGUGCUGUGGGUGUGGACCAGGAAUAAAUGAAAUCAAGUGGAUGAAUACUAUUGAAGAGCUCUGGAUGGACAGAAACUUAGGCUGUACACCUACUUAAGAAUAAGCCUAGUUGAACUUGCUGGGGCUUGCUUUUGGGUAAACGUGCAUAGGAUUGGACAGUUGGACAUGCCUUUUAACUCUCCUGGGAGCACUAGUAUAUUGGCAUUUAAAUGAGUGUGUUCAAGAAAGUUCAAGAAAGUUACAUUCUCAGUCUCAUGUUCACUUACUUGGGAGUAAUAUCCACUGAAUACAGUGAGUUAUUUGGAGUAAACUUGCAUACAGCUGGGCUGCCAGGCAGUGUCAUUCCAGGACGGCAAGAGCAAGUUUGGUUUAUGAAUUUUCGAGUGUAGGUUUGCCAUUUGUGGUUUUGUGGUAUUGACUGAAUUGGACAGAGCAACAACCAGCAUAAUAUGUCGUUUGGACGAGUUGUACAAAAUUAUAUCCUUCUGAUUAUUGCUGUUUCAUUCUUGUGGCUACAUCUUUCAAUCCAGAGGGAUAACACUGUAAGUUAAUACAGCUUUGCAUGUCUGGACUGUUUCUAUCAAAAGUUUGUAGCCAAUGUAUGGUUGUUUAGUGUUCUGUAAUUAACCAGCUGAUUUUUUAAAAGGCUGUCCCUCACUUUAGACCAUUUCUUUGUCAUGAAGUGUGCAUAAGAGGGAAUCACUGUUUUCCUGUUUAAAACAAAAACAAAACUUAGAUUGAUUUGACAGUUAGUACUCUUGAAUCAGAGUUAAGUAGGUUGUAUUAUUACUUGACUCCUAAAUGUAGGUUCAACAAUCAUACUUUUUUGCUGCCCCCUUGGGACCUUUUGCAACUUCACUGAAGUUGAAGAAGUUUGUAGUUACAGUCAAAUCAUUACCAACUCUUCCCUGAAUGUGAACCAGAUCGCUAUGUUUCAAUCAUUCUUUGUUGCCUGAUUUUAGUGCACAACAUCUAAAUGCCUUUUACUUUCCUUUAUAAAACAAAGCUGAAAAACUCCAGUAACAAAAUUCUCUGUGGUGUUUUGGUCCUUGUUGUGCCAGUUAAAAAUGCUUAGGAAUGGCGUGUGUCAAAGUCAUUAACAGAAUCAUCCCAUGUAUGUCUACUCAGAAUUAAGUCACAUUGUGUUUAAUGGGGCUUACUCAGUAAGCCGCAUUGAACUGAAUAUGAAGCAGUCCUGUGCACACAUUAACUGUAUGUAAGUCCUAUUGGAAACAAUGGGACUAAAUUCUAUGUACUGUACUUUAAGGCUUCAGCAACAGACAUUGGCACAACUAUGUGCAUGCCAUAUCCCCUGUUCCUACUUUUUACUAUUAAGCAGCAUUAUUUCCACUCUAACUCUCUCAACAUACAUUCAUGCAGUGAGGAACAGCAAGCCAAGUUUCCUUCUAGUCAAGGUGAGAAGAGCAAGUACAUUUCAGCUGUCUGACAGUGAAAACCUGAUUCAUGGUAGCUGUUCUCACCAUGUCACACUUAUCCCUACAAAGCCAUCCCAUUAGCAUCUGUUAAAUAUAAUAGUGCAACUCAACAGACCCCUGAACAUUCACAUCAGCAUCAGUGCAGCUGCUUUCAAUGCCAAAGUGAAUGUCAUACUGUCACAGUUACUAUGCAUAUCAACUGUGCUGUCCUAGUGUUAUUAAAGUCAGUGGGAGUUGACUUUUGAGUAAAUAUGCGUGGGGUCAGAUUGUAAACAUUUGGGUGGAAAUGAUAGAUAGGUUGGCUUUUAUGACGCUUAAAGAAAACAGCGUUCAGUGUGAUGCUUAAAGAUGGGUAAGGGCUGUAGCUUGGUGAUACGACUUUGUGUGUAGAAGGUCCACGUCCAAUCUCCAUUUUUUUUAUAUUAAUAAAUAUCAGGACUGAUCCCUGAAAUUUUUAUGCUUCUGGUUGUAUCUUGUACGCAAUGUGUGUCCUCUAAGAAGACAAUGCAAUCAAUGGUAUUUAUUUAUUUUAGUUGGGAGGGACUGUGACUCAGUGGAAGAGCACAUAGUGGCCCACUUCCCCAGGUCAGAGAGGCUGGAGCUUGAAGCUAUUGCUUCAGCAAUGAAGCAGCUCAGACUGGGAGCUUAUAUAUAGACCUGGAGGCUCCAUCUCCUUCCUGUCAGGUGCUGAGGAGUUUCCUUGUGCUCCUCCCUCCUGAAUAGCCUUACAGAUAGCUAGCCAGGUCCUUUGGUAGCCACUCUUAAGUUCUUUCAUGGCUCACCAUCUCAUCUGCUCUUGUGGCCACAGGGGAGGUCUGAGAGCAGGCCAGGAACCCAAGCAGCUGGUGGGGAGGUCUUAAGUCUGGAGUAAGGAUGUCCAGGUCUAAUGGUUCCUCAGGAUCAUUGGUGGUAUGGAGACAUUCUAGAGGGUCCUGCUUCCUUGCUUAUCAAUGGAGGAGGCAUUUGGGGUUGAGGUCUGACCAGGGUUGCAUCCUGACUUUGGCUUUGUGCAUAAAGAAGGUUUAACAUUCGGUCCCUGGCCUCUCCAGUUAAAAUAAUUAUUGUAAUAACCAGGUAGGUAGUGGCAAAGACCUCUACCUGCACAUUAAGGAGCCUUCUGAAACUUUGUGUCCUCCAGAUGUUUGUUGUUGAGCCCCAGCUCCCAUCAGCCCAGCCAACAUGGCCCGCGAGCAGGGAAUUUAACAUGGGGGGGGGGGCUCACCACUACAUCCUGUUUGAUGUUAAAAUUGAGCCUCUACCCCAGAGCUUAGAUGGGAUUGUGGCAAAUCUGCUUUUUAAAAAGCACGCAGAUGUGCAGUUUGGGAUUGAGAGAGAGUCCAUUUUUCCCAGAGAAAGCCUGGGAGAAAAGAUAAACUUUGCAGCAUGCCCUAAAGGUCACUAUCCUUGUGCUCUAGUGACCAACUGGGGAAUGCAAGUUCAAAGAUGAAAAUCCUUUGCUACAACUUUCUGUUUUGCAAGGGCUGUAAGGUUAUAAACCUAUACCUACUUUCUUUUGUGUAAGCACCAUUAAACACAAAAGGGUUUGCUUCUGAGCAUACAUGCAUAGGAUUGAACUGUAAGCCAGCAAUUUAUUGGCUUUAAUUUCUCAGCUGCUUUAAGACUGAGGCACCAUAAUCGUGGAACAGAAGCAAUCUUUGCCACAGCAAGGAACUGAAUGCCUGGCAACGGACACGUUAAAUGGGAGCUAGCCAAAAUAAAUACUAUUGUUUUCCCAUAGAUAUUUUUUGCAAUUAAAAUGUUACAGAGUUUUUAAACAUUUAAAAAGAUGUAAAGAACAGCUAACACUGUGAGCUUAUUACUAUAUCUACUGCAUAUUAUCUAAUAGGUAUCAAGUGUUAUUGGGGGGCAGAGAACUAAAUAAAGGCAGCAAACUCAUUAAAAAAAAAUAGUUAAGUACAGGAUUGUGGCUCUGGAUGCCUUGAUAGAAGAGCAAGGUAGGAGUGCUGAAUCUAUUAUGUUAAAGCAAUUAUUUUCACUCUGCUUUGAUUCUGAAAAUCAACCUAGCAACCUAUUAUGAAAUUGCUUUUAAUCAAGUAACCAGAGGGGUAAUGAGAUCUCUAUUCAAAUAUUUUUGAUAUAGUUCAACAAAGGUCUUGACACCUGGAAAAGCUAAGUUGUGAUUGGAAACAUAGAAAGCUGCUUUUCACCAGAUCAGACUAUUUCCCAAUCUAGCCUAGCAUUGUCUGUUCCCAGCCUUCCUCAAUCUGGUGCCUGCUAGAUGUUGUUGGACUACAACUCCGAUUAUCUAAGAGUUGUAGAAUGAGAGUUAAUUCCUUGCACUCAUAAUAAACACUAGUUACAAGUUGCACACAACCUUAUCAGCUGGGAGGGGUUGAUUUGACUUCAGCAUGAUCCAGCCAUAGAGUGUAGUGGGCCAGAGGGAGCUUUUGUCUCUCCAACUUCCAAGAGUAGCUCACCUCUUCCUUUCAGAACAUGUUUUAUGUCUGUGCCUAGUAAUAAAGCCAGCACAUUUUGCACCAGAUUUCUGUGAUAGACUCUCAAGACCCUGCUGAAUGUAGUUAAAAAUUCCACACAAUUUUAACUAGUGUUGUAAAUCUUGAAAACUACAAAUGGUGCUUACUAAAAAAGGACAAUAAUCUCCAAAUGCCACAGUUCUGUUCAUCAAGUGUUAUUGAACUGACAUGAUGUUGACUUUAAAUGUUGGUAUGUGUCACUAGUAAUCAUUUGUCAUGUAGAUCUAUCCUGACCUCCUACCCUUUCUUGGCUGUUGUUUUGACUAUAAAAUACUGAUGUUCUAGAAAACAUAGUUUUUGUGAUCCACUUUGACAAUGAUUGUUGUUCUCUUUGAUUAUUUAUUUAUUAUUCUCUGUUAUUAGAAUGGGAGGGGUACAACACAGUUGUAGAUCACAUAUUUUGCAUGUGUAAGAGCUCAGGCUUCAUCCUGAGAACCUCCAGUUUAAAGUUUCUUAGGUAACAGGUGCCGAGAAACACCUUUGUCUGAAACCUAGGAAGCCCCUGGCAGUCAGAGUAGGCCAGGGGUGAAGAACUUUGUUGUUCUCCAGAUGUUAUGGACACCAGCUUACAGCCAAUAUGGUCAAUGGUAAGAAAAAAUGGGAUAUGUAGUUUAAUAUAUGGAGGACCACAGACAUACCAAACCUGGUCUACACUUUUAAAAUGUGCUAGCAAGGCAGUUUGAGGACUGAUUCCCUAGAGAUUUGAAAUAGUAUAGAUCUAUUGCACAUUAAUUCAGGGAACUUCCCCUCCCCCCAAUAUGGUGAGGGUUCUGGGUACAGGCAGGCAGUUACUGUAUUUCUGAAGAGCACUGGGAACAGCUUCCCCCUUAAUUUUGUACAAUGACACUAGCGCUGAUCCAGUACUUGUAGCUUGAUAUCUGUAGAAAUGGAAUGGGAGGGAGCAGAGUCACUGUGGGAAGAAAUGCUUGUGCAUUCCUAUCCUAAUUGCAGUUGAUUCUUCUAGCCUGGCAAGUCAAGGGGCUGUUGAAACUGAGAAGACUGAAUGGCAACGAGAUUCUAGUCUGAUCAGUUUCACUCUUAGCUUAGGGAAAAAACUGUCCUUGAAUGACAGAGCAACGUUUAGAGAGGCAGCCUUGCACUGCUUCUUCACUUCUUUAAAAACAGCUGCAUGUGUAUGAGAGUUUGCAAAAGAAUAAAAAGUGUGUGUGUGUGUGUUGUGUGCCAAGGGCAGCAUCCCUUUGCAAGAAUGGGGGGAUUGUGAAAACAUCUAGCAGUCCAAAAUGCAUGGUUGGUGGGCAGUGCAAAGGCUGGAUUGUGUGAGGAGACAAGGAGAGUGUCAUUGUCGCUAAAUAGGGUAUUCUGGGCUAUGUGAAAUGUGUUUCAAGUAGCAGCUUUUCCCUUGGAGUUGUUGAGUGGGUUUAUAUGUGUGGCUUCAGAUCAUUGUGGGUUAAUGCGUGUGUGUCUGUGUGGGCUUGAAUAUGGCCUACCACCUAUGGGGACCACAGAUUGGAAAAACAUUUGCCUCCCUACCAUAGUGCCUCUGUAGUGGCCAUCAUUCAAUGGUAUGAUGACUUACGUGCAAUUAGCUCUUUUAUAGCUUCACUGGACUGAAAAGCAGCACAAUGCUGAAGGCACUUUGGGGAUUACCUUUGGAUCAGUUUCUUGGUCUCUUUCCAUCAAAAAUGCCGUUAUUUUCUCCUUGGGAGCAUCAAGUUUUAAAAUCUAUGCAUUGCAGCCGAAAGCAGUGCGUAUCCUCCUAGUGUAGCUGUACGCAAAGUCCCUUAUUCAUCAUUUAGAAGGUUAUUGUGCUGAACUUUUUGCGGUAUAAGCAAAAAAACCCUAACCUUCAACUAUACGUAGAUUAAUGCCAGUUGCAGUUCUUCAUAUACGUUGUGGGAACACUUCAUCUCAACAGCAUAUGUAUUUUUUCAAAGGCAAAGGGUUUUCACUCUGAUAAAUGUCAUUUUCAAUCGGAAGCAUUGAACUAAAGCUUAAGCAGAUGGCCCGGACCAGUUUCUCAGUUUCUGCAUGCAAGGAUGGUUUAGUGAUAAGAAUUUGAGAUUAAAUUUGCUAUACCAGACCUUGAAGGAGACCUGUUUAGAUUGCAAGAGAAUAGCUUAUCUGAAGGUCAUGAUCUGCAUAAAGCUAGUUUUCUUUCUUCCUUUCUUUUAAAAAUUUCAUUUCUGAGAGGUUGUGCCUCAUUGUUAAGUCACGACAGAGGAGGUUUUGGCUAUGAGUUUACUUUGGCUGAUUUCAUCGCAGCUGUGUAGAUUUAGUGAAGGCUUGAUACUGCAAAUGCUUUUCCCAUUGAAGCCAGUGGCUGUUGGGGUGGUGGUUAGACGGAGACAAGUGAAUCACCAUGAAGGCAAAGUUCACAUAUUCAAGAUCUGUGUCCAGAGAUCUAUAGGACCUUUAGGACACAUACAGAGCAGCUGAGAGGAGAGGACACAGCUUGCCUAUGGGAGUAUCCAUGUAAUACAGGGAUGGGGUACCUCAGGAAUCCUCUAUUAACUGGAACCUAGCAAUUCUUCCCAGGCCACACCCUCCUCUAGCCUUGCUUUGUACUCAAGUAUGUUUGCCUGGCUGGAAUGUGCCCUUAAAGUCUGAUAGUGCAUCUCACUUUCCUAGACUGAGGAUAGAGAAGGGUGUGUGACUGCGUAUAGAAAUUAGUGUAUUGUACGAAGGUAGAAAUAACAUUAAUUCCCCCCCCCCACUAUCACCUCUGGACUCACCCACAACCUUGCGCUGAAAAGGGUCCCCGCCCCUGAUUUAAGCUGAUGGUUAAGCCAUCAGGGGAAAGCACUAACAGCAGCCAACUUGCUAGUUCAGGGGUAUCCAGCAUAGUGUCCUCCAGAUAAUUUUGCUAUUGGCCAUGCAAGUUAAUGAAUGAUGAGAGAUGUAAUCCACAACAUUUAAAGGGCACCAUGUUGGCUUCCUAUGUGCUAGUUGGUUUAGAUCUUAGGUGCUGCGGUUAACUCUGAAUGCUGAUGCAGAUGAUGAAGAUCCGACUUGGUUGGCCCUUCUCACUGGACCUGCAAGGCAAAAAAGAAAGCUACUUCCUCAUACUAAUAGUUUAUUUCUGAGGCUCCAAGUGCCCUUUCUUUCAUUCUGAUUCGCUUAUAUUUUGUAGAAUAACAGCAGCAACAACAAGCUUUCAACAUACAGUAUAUAAAAACAUAAUAAAACAUUAAACAUAAACAAACUUCCAUAUACAGGGCUUCCUUCAGAUGUCUUCUAAAGGUUGUAUAGUUACUUAUCUUCUUGGCUCAGGGGGGGUCACAUAACUCCAUACUCUCCAACAUUUCUCUGAUGAAAAUAGGGAUGUCCCAAGGAAAAGUGGGACAUUCCAGGAUCAAAUCAGAAACCUAGAUGGCUUCUGUAAAUCCAGGACUGUCCCUGGAAAAUAGGGGCACUUGGAGGGUCUGUAAGUUCCGAGGCAAGUUUUAGUUAAAGACGUGCUCAUGCAGAGAUUCUAGGAGGUCUUCAGCUCCUGUCUUGGGAUUCCCCUUCUUUCUUGGAUGGCAAGACCUUUCAACCCUCUUUCUGGGCGACCUUUGAUAAAAGCAUCCUCCUCCUUUUCCUUUUCUUGCUGUCAAAGCGCCUGUUUCACUUCCAGGCUUGUAAAUGAUUAGCUCAGAGCAUAGUUAGAGGGAGGAGGGACUUCUAUGCAGAGGAAGCACCUUUUGACUCAUUGUUUUAGAGGUGUUGUGCUUAAAAGGCUUUUCCACAUGUGUGGGAGAAGUUUCCUAAUACACUUAUGUGCAUUUAGCGUCUGGGUUAUAACCUUUAUUGAAAGUUGGUUCGCUUGAUCUUAUUGUUGAGCGUCUUCUUCUUAAUCACAGAAAUAAAGUGCAGUUUUAUUUGUUACAGGCAUGAAAGGACUAUGUUUCUGUUCCAUAAACAAACCUCUAACAUUUGUGUGUUUUGCAAAUGCUAACGUUCAGCACAUCUUGUCAAUGCUCACGUUCAAAACCAAUUCAAGUUGCAAAAUAAUAAAAAAAAGCCCAAUCCAAUUCACAUGUCUCAUCCUCAUCUGUGAACUUCCUUUGUGUGAGCCUUUGCACUACUGCCUUUUUAUUCCUAUAGCAACCUGGCCUCCUUUCUGAUUUCAAUCUGGUAGAGAUUAAAAUGGUUUGUUUUCUGAUAGGGAGUUUCCCAGUGAAGCUUUAUUUAAACAAUCUUAGGAGCUUUUAUUAUCUCUGAAAGCUAAUUACAUCAACCGUUAUGAGGCAGUGCCUUAGAAAGGACCUUUUCACCCUGGGAAGAAAAAGAAGUAAACUAUCCCACUUCUAUGACUUUGCUGAUUUUGUUAUUCACAAGGUGAUGGAUAUCCAGAUCCUUUGCUGUGUAUUCUUAUAUUCUGAAUAUAUCUGGGGUUGGGUGAUUAACGAAUUUAGGUGUGUACAGUCAUGUUCUGAGCCAAAUCAAAUAAAAGGGUAGUGCAAUUUGUAGAAGGCAGGUGUAGUUGGAAAUAAUGUGAACCUUUUUCUGUUCAUGAUUUUUAGACAAAACUUCAAGUUGCUUCAGCGAAAUAGGAAACAAAGGGUAGAGGGAUGUGUGUGUGUAUCAUUCUUCUUAUUGCAUUGUAUAAAACAUUAAAAUUAAUUAACACUACUAAGUUAGGGCAAUUAAUUUCAAUAGAUCUGUUCUGGGUAGCACUUAGUUGUGUGCAACCCAGUUUCUCUUCUAGCCACCCUUUCACGCAAUAGUGGGGCGGCUUGCGCCAAGCCUACAUAUUUAUUUAAAUAUUUAAUGGUAUGUUCCAUUUAAGUUGGAGAUAAUGACUACUAGUUUGCAUCUGUUUGCACCAAACCUGACAGCACAUCUGUGACAGGCUGUGUCAUACUCCUUGCACAGCCUUUGAGGGGCAAGCUGGGGGGUGUGGGCAUUUGCUGAGCAGAUUCUGUAAGGGCAGGGCUACUGAGAGAGUGGGUACAGAAGGUAUUGAUGUACCAGAUCCACAGCUAAGAACAUGAGUCAUGCUUUCUCCCAACAGCAAAACCAUCCCUGACCCCUUAUGUAAGGAUGGCUAUGUAAUGUGUUGGAAGAAUAGCAAAUGAGGGAGGGAAAGCGGAUGUUCCUCCUAGCAUUUUGAAAUGCCCUAGCUACACAUGAAGUUUGCAUUAUAGUCUGGCCUUCGAGCUCUCUCUUCUUCAACCAGAAGGUUAGGACUUGCUACCUGACCCGAAGCGAAUCAAACCAGUGACUUUAACACCAAACUCAUUCCUCUAAUGUUUGGAUUAAAGGUCAGUCUCAGGUUGAAAAAAGUUGAAUAUUCCUGUUAGCUCACCAGGUGACUGGGGCAUCUCUAGGGUCUCAGGUAGAAGUCUUUCCCAGCCAGGGGUGGCUCAUCCUGUUUUUGCCGCUUGAGGCAAAACCGGGAAAUGUCACCCUUCCCUUCCCUGCCGCUUCCACUGCUGGUGCCGAUUCCCAGCAAGUUCUUGUGUCCACCACAAGAUCUUGUGAGAUUUUGCUGAGAUCUCAUGGGAAAUUAGUGCACUUCUCUGCCAGCCGUGGAGGCAACAGGGCAGGUAGCAGUGCUCAUUGGGGUGCCGCAUCGGGGACUUCCACUGCCUGAGGCAGCGGCUUCAUCCUGCCUCAUGGUUGGGGCAGGCCUGCUCCCAGCUCUACCACCUGACAACCUUAGCAACCUAGGAUGCUGCCUUAUAUUGAACCAUAUUAUUGGCCAAUCUUGCUCAUUAUUGACUACACCGAUUGGAAGCGGACUGGGGUGUUUCCUAGCUCUAACUGGAGACCCCAGAGAUUGAACGUGGGGCCUUUUGCAUGCUAAAUGUGUUUUCUAGCACUGAACUAUGGCCCUUCCUCACAUGUUAACGGGUAAAUUCAGGUGUGCUUGGAGAUCAUGUGCUCUACCCUCCAUAUAUUGCUUUCAAAUAGACUUUUGUUAAACUGUCCUUGGGAUGGUUUGUCAAAAUAGAUUCAAAGUGUGUGUUAGAGAACAAGAUGGAUUUGGUGGCUGUUUGCAGGCAGUAAAAAGUGAAAGCUGCUUUCCUCUUCAGGAUGUGAUUAUGUAUAUUUUGUGGCUUCCUGUAAUUUGAUGGAGCACAUAGUAAUACAUUAAGCAAAAGAAAAGAGCAAAAAAGUUACGAGAGUCACGUGGGAGGGGGCACAACUGUGAGUGACAUAACACAUCUAAUCUUGGCAUUUCUCCAAUUCCCGUAGCCUUUAGCCGAGAUUUGUAGAAAUGUCCUGAUAUGCGCAGCAGCAACAUGUCAGUAAUUCUUAGACGUCAGAGCAACUCAUCGGGCAAAACCAAAAACCUAUUUUAGCUCCCUAAAAGUGAAAUGCUUUUGUAAAGCCAAAGUUCAGUCUUUCCUCCAAGAGCUUAUGAAUCUGUUUAUGUUUUGAGUAAUAAGGCUCAUGGGCUGAUUAUUAUUACUCCCUGAGAAUCUUCCAGUAAUAUUUGAAAAUGUUGUUGUUUUAUUUCCCUAUUACAGUGGUGCCUCGCAAGACGAAAUUAAUCCGUUCCGCGAGUCUCUUCGUCUUGCGGUUUUUUCGUCUUGCGAAGCACGGCUAUUAGCGGCUUAGCGGCUAUAAGCGCCUUAGCGGCUUUAAGAAAAAGGAAACAAACUCGCAAGAACUCGCAAGACGUUUUGUCUUGCGAAGCAAGCCCAUAGGGAAAUUCGUCUUGCGGAACGACUCAAAAAACGGAAAACUCUUUUGUCUUGCGCAUUUUUCGUAUUGCGAGGUACCACUGUAUAGGGGUGGGGAAUCUGUUUGGCUCUUUGGGCCUGAUCCUCAUCAGGAUCUAGACUUGCAAGCCAAACUUCACAAGUGGGGAGGGUUUCCCAUUUGUUAGUCACCUGAUAUCACAGUAACAGCAGGUGAUUGAGCACUUUAAAAUUCUGAAGUUGGGACUUCAAAGUACCACAUGCAGCCCACCCAGGAGAUUUUGGAUGUGUGAGGGACUUUCCCAUGGGGAACUCCCUUACGCAUAUGAUCAAACACACUUUGCAAAGAAAAGUCAAAAUAGCAAGAUUGCUCAGGCUAUUUUGCGCCUGAGGCAGAAAAUCCCAAAAGUACUGUACCUCUCCCCGUCCCUGAGAGCAAAAAUAAAACAAUAAAUUAAGUAAUUAAUAAUUUGCUGCCCUUUCAUGACACCCCAAAACAGCUGUCUGAAGCAAGUACAUUACUAUGCCCAAUGGUAGGGCCAGCCCUGCAAAAUAGCUUUUGAAUUUUAAUAGUUUCUCUUUGGGGGAAAAUAGCUUUUACUUUAAAGGUGAUUCACAUGUCUGCAUUCCCAGUAAUAAUUGUAUUUUGAAAUAACUAAGAGUGUCUAAUUGGCAUGCCAGAUGCAAUCCCAGUUUGGAGUAGGCAAAUCACAUUCUGAAGAUAAUCUGGAUUAAAUUUCCCAGGUGAGCGCUGGAACUGGAUUGGAUGCUGGCUCUGGCAUUCAGUGAUUAUCUCAUCAUCUGUGAAAAAUAGGGCCUGCAGGACAACACUUUUCAGAUCAGAUACCCAUGGCAAGAAUGUGUAUCGGAAGCUUAACUUUCCUAAACACACUGUGCUGCAUUUUUUAUUUGGCUCUCUGUUUUAAGAAUUUUGCAAAUAGGUCGGAUGCUGCGGGAUCUAAAACUUGUUUCUAAAUCUAAAGCACUGUGUAGGGAAGAGGAGAUGUACACUAGGAUCAAAAGCUAAGCAAUUCCUUCUAUAAUGCCUUCCAUAGUCAUUUUUAAUUUUAAAUAACUAAACAUAUGCAUUCUGCACAUGAACUUAAAAAGUUUCUAAGGUCAUUGGAACAAUAAAUACACUUGAGAACUUUGCUGGACCUCAGCUCUCAUAAUCUCUGACCAUUGGCCAUGCUUACUGUGUCUGAUGGGAGUUGUAGUUCAACCACAUGUGGAAGGACACACAUUAGCCACCCCUGCUUUAGAUAAAACACUGAACAACUUUCUUUUUCCCUUUUAGCAGGAACUCGCCUUAGCUGUUGGGUCUUUAUACAAGCAUAGGAUCUGAAGUUGGACUGAAUGUGUGGUGCCAAGGCAGGGGCCUGUUGGUGUAAUCCGAUCCCCCCACCCCAGAGUGGCUCCUGCUUGCCAUCUAAACACGACUUCUGAAUGCCUUAUUUCUAAAGGCAAGAGAAAAUACUAAUGGCGGUGCCGCCCUGCCAUUUAGAAAAGUGGGAGAAAGGUCUAGCUCUCCUGUCCCCUUUUGGAGGGUUUCCCAUAACCCUGGCCAUUUUGGGAAAUAGGAUGCUGGAUUAGAUAGAUAGGUCCUUGGUUUGAGCCAGCAGUGCUUUCUUUGCAUUCUUCUGCCCCUGCCCUCCAUGCAACCAUCUGAAGCUCUGAGCAGAAUUUGUACAUGCACAAUUGUAUAUGCACAAGAACCCUGCAAAAACUAAGGCCUCCCAUGCGUAUUGGCUCAGUUCAGAGGCCAGGGGUGGGGUCUGCCCCUGUGAUUCAUCUCCUCCACCUCUUCCACACAUACAGUGUACCCUGCUGGUCAUCUGAACAAGGCCAUAGGUCUGGAUGCCUCCCAGAUGGCCAAUGGUCAGGGAUGCUGGAAGGCGUUUGGAUUGGCAUCACUUUGGAGGCAAGAAACCAUGUCAGAAUCUCUGUAUGAAGCAGCUACUUCACUUUGCUGAAAAGCUGAUUCUAUUUUUUUUUAAAUAGAAAGGCAUUAGAGGGCCAUGAGUCAACAAUGUCACUUAAGUAAUGUCAAUGAGUUCAGCAGAGUGACUUCUAAGAGGAAGGGUUUGCUUUGAAGUAAUUAAGCUCAGAGGCGGCCUACUGUGAUCCUCCACACGUAGUUGGACUGCAAUUCCCAUCAGCCCCAACUAGCAUGGCCAAUGACCAGGGAUGAUGGAAGUUGUAGUCCAACAAUAUCUGGAGGGUCCACAGUUGCCUACCCCUGGUUUAGCUUGUCAUUGAAUGCUGGCAGAAUGGGAAGAGCCUUGCGUUGUGCUGGAUAUUUUCUCAGUCGAGGCUGGAGGUCAUGAACACUGACAGGAAGCGAGCCUUAGGAACUUUGCUGUGAUAAGGAGAUCAGGAAUAGGAAGCUGUUUUUCAUGCCGCAGAGAAAAAGUUAGACUGAGAAGAUGAUAGAAUGCAAAUAGGUGGAAAGCAAAGCAGGGAAAUAAGUGGGACGGGAAGGAGAUAAUACGAGAAACAGAUGGUGACAUUUGGGAAACGGCACAGAAAGCGGAGAAUGAAGGACCCAGUAGGACAGUUAUGCCCAGUUCCUGUUAGAAAUGACAAAAAAGGUUGUCCGGUCAGUGUGUAAUCUGAAGUAUAUUUAUUGUUCUUUUUUGUUUUAGAACAGUUGGAGGAAUAGGAACAAGUAGCCAUAAUCACUAGAGGAAGGAAACUGUGAAGGCUUGAGGGACUUCGUUUACGAGAACAGAAUAUAAUAUUCACGUUGGUUGGAGCUUGAUGACAUUCAGAAGGUAGAAAGACUGCCUUUCUGCAAGUUUUUAAUGUAAGACAGCACUUGGUGCAGACCGGUCUCUCACCAUUUUUCACUUUUUCUGGCUAUAGACAAAAGAUGAGAUUUUCAGCAUCAUACAACUUUAUCUUGAGAAUACAGGGAACUGGAGAAACUGAACUUGUCUUAUAGCGGAUUCCUUUAAUAUAUAGUACACAUAAAUACAAGGUGCCAUUGUAGUCCAUGCCGCUGAAUGUCAGGUAAUAUGUACUGGAUUGAGAUACUGACAUCUUACUUUUACAUCUUAAUUUUUGUGGGGUUUUUUGUUGACCACUCUAUAUUGCAGACUCUUUAGGUUUGAUGAGAGGGAGGAAAUCACUGGGGACUGUGAACGGGUCCGCUUGUAGAAAUGUUGUGGCAUGUGAACAGGUCGGAGAUGGGGUUGGCAGACCUUCUUUAUGAGAGCUAUGUAACCCUCCAGCGCCCUCUCUUUCCUGUGCAACAAAAGACUGACUUCGGCCAUAAUCCUAAACACAUUCACAAGUAAAAGCCCCAUUGAUGCCAACUGCUGCCAGGGUUGUGCCCUUUGCUACCGAGAGACGGAGUUGCUUUAUCUCCCAUGACCUCUUUUUUGUCCACCACUUCAGCAGGCUCUCCGCACCACAAAGAACAGCAUUGCUGGAUUAUGUACUGACCUUAAGGAAAGAGUGAUCUAACCAACGGCUACAAUUUUCCUAUUCAGGGUGUCCUGUUUAGCGCGUCUGUAUCAAGUGAUUCUUGGUUCCUGGUUCUCUUCUGUUCAUUGUCUGGGCAACUGGUCAUGGGUGUCAGUUUUAAAAGCUUUCAAAAUGCUUUAUUCAUGGACUGUAGCAUGUAUGAUAGCUGGCAUUUUUGCAUUAUUCAAGGGACUGUGAAGGUUGCUUUGGCAAUUGUGUCUUUGCCAUUUCAACAAUUCUUUCUUCUUGCAUCAUGAAGGCCCACCAUUCCAUGUAUCUGAUAAAGUGAACUCUAGUCCAUGAGACCAUUUGCCACAUGGGCACUGCAGUCCAAACCCCAUUGGCACUUGGCCAGGGGAGGCCUUGGAUAGAGCAGAUGUAUCCUUCCACCCAGAUCUGCUCGCCUCUCCCCAUGGCAUGAACAGAUGGGCAUUUGGAAAUGGCUCCAGUGGAAUCACCACAACACCAACCUGCAGAAAGCCCUGAAACACAGUGUUCCAGGUGCGGGGAGUGGCUGAGCCAAGAUCUGUUGGAUUCCAAUCUGCCCAUAGUGCCAAUACACUGGGCCCAAUCCUGACCGAAGACUGGUGCAGCAAUUGGUCUGUCCUUCCACCUCCUGUCCUUGCCAGCGGGUGGAUGCUGUGAUGAUCCUGCUGUUUUGUUUUGCCCUCCCCUGCAGCAGUCAUGAUUUGGAUUGCACCGUAGAUAUAUAGUCUUUAGAAGGCCUGCAUUUUGCUGUAACAAACACAGCUAUCUUUAUUGAAUUGUGUUGUGGCAGUUGGAAUGUCGAAUUGGAACCCUGGAAAUUUCUACUCAUAAUGAGUCCAGCUGUAUGGCCUGAGGCAAGUCACACUCUCUUAGCCUAACCUAUCUCAGAGCUAUUGCAAGGAUAAAAUUGGGCGACUCUUUGCUACCAUGAUCUCCUUAGAAGGAAGGUGGAAUAUAAAUGCAUUAAAUAAAUAAAUAGUACUGCUAACCUCAGACACAUGAGUUAAAAAAGUUAUGUCAACCAAAGAGUGCAGGAAAUAACUUUCUAUUUUGACCUAGGAGUUAAUUGUCCAUGGCUUUUGCCAUCUUGCAACUUUUUAUUUUUUUAUUUUGUGUGUGUGUGUGUGUGUGUGUGGUUAAACUGCAGAGCUUAAAAUGAAUGCUGAAUUUGAGGGAAAUGCUCUUAGUUCAAACAGAGCUUAGACUUUUCAGAGUUUCAAGAUGAAUGCUGCAAUAUUACUACUACUACUACUACUAUUACUACUAUUACUAUUACUACUACUACUACUACAGCAUUCAUCUUGAAACUCUGAAAAGUUUUCCCAGCCACUCUGGGUUGACUUACAGCAUACCUAAAAACAAAAUAAAAAUAUCAAGGAUUAAAAACAAGCAAGAAUAGCUUUCAUUAUAAGUGUGAUGCUGACUGGACCAGUAAGGCGGUGUAGAGAUGUAUAGAGUUUGCACUCUGGUGAGACCACUAUGGAUUCACACUUGCCCUUUUCUUUCAUAAGGAAUACAGCCUUCCUCAUAUAAUUGAGUUACAGAGCAACUGAUGCUUCCUGUUUUCAGCAGAAACGCCGGCUGUGCAGAGUGCUGAUUGGUUGGUCCUUGUGGCAAUCACAAAGCCUCAUCUCUCCUUCGUUCUUGCUGCCAACGUUUUGUGGUUUAUUUUUGAACAGCAUAAAAACUAGGUAAAAAGCCAGGCGUCUGAUUAUUAUUAUUAUUUACAGCAAGCCAAAAAACCCAGCUGAAGCAUGGGGAGGAGACAUGAAAAUCAGUGCUCGAUUAGGAGCCAGAUAAGAGUGUGAUUUAGGGGACUGGUGAGAUUUGAAUCUGUCUCAUUCAGCAACAGCAACAAUAUAUACUUGCUCCUAUAGAUAGAUACAUAUACACUGUAACGUUGCAGAUAAUUGCUUAUGUUUUUCCUACUUGAAUAUAUUUCUUCCUUUUCUAAAACAUUAUUCCAAAAUAGCAACUUUUGCUCUUUAGUUUAAAUUUACAUUCCCCUUCUGCCUUGUAGGAGUUUUGUUGAGCCGAGAUAAUGGACGAUUACAUUCCAGUAUAGGGUCAUCACAUGCAUCGUUCUUUAAUUUCAGUGACACUUGUACAGAGACGUUACUGAUAGUGUGAUAUAUCACUGCUAUGAAACACUUGUGCGUUUUCAGAUGAGAAUUAAGACAUCCCUGCAUUGAGUGGUCAAUAACAUGUUAAGUCCAUCCCUUUAAAAUGUAAGUGCAGUUGAUUCCACACAGAGUUGGAACUUUAUUCUGCUGAAUAGUUUGAGAAAUUAGGGUUAUCUUCUGGGCUUAUAAACACCUUAAAAAGUCAUUGCCAGCUCUCCUUGUAAUUUAUUAUUAUUAAUCUUUAUUAAAUUUGUGUACCACCCUUCAUCCGCAAAUCUUGGGGUGGUUCACAACAUAAAAAUGCAAUAUAAAAAAUACAAAAUACAUAAUAAAAAUAAGAGCAAAAGCAAAUAAAUUAUGUCCCUUAACAACACAUUUAACAGGGUAUCAGGUGUCCAAAGGCCUGGUUGAAAAGUAACAUUUUUGCCUGGCGCCUAAAGGUGUAUAAUGAAGGCGCCAGAUGAACAUCCGUGAGGAGAGCAUUCCACAAAUGGAGCCACUGCAGAAAAAGUCCGUUCUUGUGUUGCCACCCUCUGGACCUCCCGUGAAGGAGGCACACAGAGUAUUGCAAUUUGUGGCCUGUGCCCUGAAUGCUUGACACAAGAGAGCCUACAAGUAGUAUCAUAAAUCACAGAGCUUUCUUAAUAUAUUGCCUAAUGACUAUCUUGGGCAGGAAAAGUAAUCUUUUUUUAAAAUGCACAGUCCAAAACAACAAUUAAUAUUAGGGGCUUAGAAUUGUUUUCCAGAAACCCACUCUGUAAGUUUAUGAGAGCACUUUAAAACUUCUUCUAUAAGCGCAUGUAUUUGUUCUGAUUUGGUCAGUUGAUUGACUUUAAGUCUUGUUAUAUGGAAGAGGAUUUUACGUUUCCAAAGAAGAAGAAGAAUCUGGCCACAUGUAGCUCACAUGUUUUACUUUUGGAAACCCAUAGAUGAACUUCCAGUAAAUCUGCGGUUACACAUUGGAAUGGAUUGUAAAGAACACAUUAUUUUGUUCCAAAGUCAACAGCAAAGUGUUCUUCUGCAGAAUACGUGCAGUGCUGUGGUUUUAAUUUGUGUAUGAGUGUGUAGGAAGGAGAGAGAGAAUCUGGAAGCGUCGGUUAACACGUCAGGGAGAAGGCUUGCUUAAAAGCACUUCUUCCUGACUUGUACGUUUUCCAUAUGCAAAGAGAUCUUGGCGCAUGUGUGUGUGUCUAUGCAGGAGGAACAGUUUAAAACAUGAAACACUCAGACCAACGUUGUUCAUUUUAGCAUUCUGUUAACAACAGUGGUCAGCCUCCGGGCAUCUGGUGGCCUCUCAGUCUUCCUUUACUCUAGCGUGAGGGUAGACAAAUUUGCCAAGAUACUUUCUAAUCACAUGGAACCUUACUCUGGAACAACAAAAUAUGGACUAGCUGUUGGUUAUGAACUGCAUUGCUUUUCAACAUUGCAAUGGGUGGAAGCCUCAUUCACUGUCCAUGAAUUAUAGACACAUAUGGAACUAUACAUUUAUAAACUAUUUGGGGUGGUGGAUGGGCAAGAUUGUCAAGGCAGUGGUGGCUGGUCAGCUUCAGGCAUGGUUGGAGGAAAAGGGUUAUCUGGACCCAUUUCAUUGUGGCUUCAGGCCUAUUUUCAGAACUGAAGGAGCCUUGAGGCACUUACUGAUGACCUAGAAUCAUAGAAUUAUAGAGUUGGAAGAAACCCCCAAGCCGUCUAGCCUCUGCAGUGCAGGAAUCUCAACCUCGAAGGAAGAAGAGUCCACCACCUCUCAUGGGAGUCUGUUCCACUGUCAAACACACCUUUGAGUAACUUCUGCCCUCCCAUAAAGUUUUGGGAAACCUAUGCUGUGUAAUCAUCUUCUGAGAAGCCUGCCUUGCAUCUGACUGUGAGAUCCCCAUUAGGUGCCCUGGCUGAGCCCCCACAGCAAAAGAGCAAAAGAAGGAGGUGGCCUCACAGCUGUUUGGAGCCUAAGUCAUUUAGGGCUUUAAGCACUGGGAUUGGCACCUUGAAUUUGGCCGGACCUGAAUGGGCAGCCAAUCCCUGACUGUUGACUUUGCUAGCUGGGGCUAUAAUAGGAGCUGAGACCCAGCAACAGCUUCAGGACACCCAAGUGCGUUCCUCACACCCUAACAUAAUGCCCCUCUCCAUCUCAUAAUGGCCUCAUCUCAUUUUGAGAGGUGGAAACCCUAAGGCAAAUCUUGUAAAAUGUAUUGGAGGGAUGUGUGUAUGAAAACCUGAGAAGAGCCGAUAAUUCUGUAUUUUGAGGCACCAGCUGCCAUCAUUGAUGGUAGGCAAAGUUAGGCAGCUUCUUGGCACACAAUCAUUUCAAAGUGAGUAUAGUCAGGGCCAUGACAUGGUUUGGUUCGUAAGGAGGAGUUGGCUCAAAGUCUGCUUGAAUUGGUCUCUAGUGAUUCUGCUAAAUUUUGAUCAAAGGCUGCCCACCCAUGAUCAGAUUUACCGUAUUUUUCGCUCUAUAAGACGCAUCAGACCACAAGACGCACCUAGUUUUUGGAGGAGGAAAACAAGAAAAAAAAUAUUCUGAAUCUCAGAAGCCAGAACAGCAAGAGGGAUCGCUGCGCAGUGAAAGCAGCAACCCCUCUUGUUUUUCUGGCUUCUGGGAUAGCUGCGCAACCUGCAUUCGCUCCAUAAGACGCACACACAUUUCUCCUUACUUUUUAGGAGGGAAAAAAGUGAGUCUUAUAGAGCAAAAAAUACGGUAUUCUGUCGCAACAGUGAGGUCCAGAAAGAUGUGCUUGUAAAAAUUAAAAGGGGGGGGGUUCUUGGGAUUUUGCAUUGGAGGCUCUGGCUUGGAGCCAAAUAGAGUGAGUGAAUGAGUGAGUGGAAUGCAAAAUGAGUGAUGGGUUUUGGGUUACACUGGGAGAGAAUUAAACCUGUGACUGCAAUAUAACUAUUUUUUCUUUCAUUGUUCCUCAGUAUAAAGGCUUUCUUUCUUUUUCUUUUUUAAAGGGUGCUGGGUUUCUCUGUGUAUAGCAUUGUGUAGAAAGUCAUUUCUCUGUAAGACAUGCUUUUACAAGUAUUAUUUUUUAACUUUUCUUUGCAGGUAACUGA